CAUUUUCGAAGUCUGAUGAUGAUGGCAAUUAUCUCAACCUUGAGAUUCCAUUAACGAUAGUCACAUUACCUGUGCCUAUGCUUUUGUAUGUCUACUAAAACGAUCCAAAGAUAAUUAUUUCAAACGAAUCUGAUAUUAAAUACUUGAUACACUAGCAAAAAAAGGUCAGGAACUCCAAAGUGGCGCCAAAAAAAUGGCGCUAUUAUUGAGCUAAAUCGCGUAUUUACAUUUUCAUUUAGCGAAUGUAGUGAUAAGUGAAAAAUGAAUCGACUUUUAUUUGAAUUUAUGAAAACAUUUAAAAAGGGUGAAUUCGUAUUUGCAUGUAGGUGUAAGUUCACGACGGUGAUAUGCGAUUAUGUGAGAAAUCACAGUGCGAAGGUGAGGGCAAUAUCUCAAUGAAUGGAGGUUGCGCUCUGCGAAAGAAAACACGAAAGUUUGUGUCAAUAAACGUGGACAAGAGACAUUGUUAGGAUACAGGGGUAUCAUUGAUUAUCGAGUGCCAUGGAAAAAGAGGGUGAUGCGGAGGAGCGGAAGGGAGGUGAUGCGAGCGAGGCAGAUCCUCAAACAUCAGUUGACAAUCUAGACGAUUCAGAAGACUCACAGAUGGAGAAGAUUUAUAAGUAUCUGUCUCAAAAAUUGAAAAUUUAUGACUCAGACAAAGAUGAACCUCAACCACAGAAAAUUCUCAAAGAAUUCACAUUGGAUGGCAUUGUCGAUUACAUUAAGGAGAAUGGAUGCCACAGAAUCAUUACCAUGGCUGGUGCAGGAAUUUCCACUUCUGCUGGAAUUCCUGAUUUUCGAUCGCCAUCCAGUGGACUAUAUCACAACCUAGCUAAAUACGAUUUACCACAUCCUCAGGCGAUCUUUGAGAUAAAGUUUUUUAAAAAAGAUCCGAAACCAUUCUUCACAUUAGCUAAACAGUUAAUGCCUGAAGGAUUUAAACCUACUGUUAGUCACUAUUUUAUUAGAUUACUGUGGGAAAAAGGAUUACUUCUGCGCCAUUAUACUCAGAAUAUUGAUACGUUAGAAAGAGUUGCAGGAAUUCCCGAAGAACUUCUGUGCGAAGCUCAUGGAACAUUUCAUACUGGACGUUGUUUAAAAUGUCGAGCACCUUAUACACUUGAUUGGAUGAAAGAGAAAAUAUUUACGGACCUUGUGCCAAUAUGCGAAGAAUGCGAUGAAGGAGUUGUAAAGCCAGAUAUUGUGUUUUUUGGAGAAAUGCUACCUGACCGCUUUCACGCACUUAUUGAUAAAGACUUUUCAAAAGCAGAUCUUUUAAUUAUCAUGGGCUCGAGUUUAGUGGUACAACCGUUUGCUUCACUGGUAGAUAAAGUAAGUUCAUCUUGUCCACGAUUACUUAUCAACAAAGAGAAAGUGGGCAUUCAGGAUAGAUUAGUUCGGUUUUUUGGUAUGAGACAAGGGCUAGUAUUUGAUCCUAGUGAAUCCCACGCUGGACGUGACGCAGCAUGGCUAGGUGAUUGUGACACUGGAUGUCAACUUUUGGCUGAGAAACUUGGUUGGGGGGACGAAUUGAAGACCCUAGUUGAAAAAGAACAUCAACGACUGGAGGCUGAUAAAACUAAAAAAUAAUCUCUAAUUUAAAUUUGGCACUGUUAUUUAAACUAAUGUAGGAAAUUUAUUAUUUUUUUCUCCAAAACAUUAACAAGUAACUUAGUGUACCGCUAAAACACCCAAUAAUAGGCAAAUAAAUUGGAAGAGAAAUAAUUUAUUA